AUGAAAGUGAGCCAGGAUUAUUUGAAGUUUCAUACCUAUCUAGAAGGUCCGGGUGAAAAUAAAUGGAGAUGGUUUGAGAAAUGUGUUGGAGCACUUGAUGGGACACAUAUUCCGGUAACAGUUUCUCUUGAAGAUAGACCUAAAUAUCGUAAUAGAAAGGGUGAUGUCUCUACAAAUGUGUUAGCAGCCUGUGGUCCAGAUUUAAGGUUUAUUUAUGUGUUACCUGGGUGGGAAGGGUCAGCAGGAGAUUCUCGAGUAUUACGAGAUGCUUUACGUCGUCAAAAUAAACUUGAAAUUCCAGCUGAGGUUCAAGACUUGGAGCUCUUAUCUAUUGUUGAUGAAGAGCUAACCAGCCAACGAAGAGAAAGAGUUCAAAACAAUGUCAUAGACGAAGUUGCAACUAUUCAAGUUACUGAGGAGUGGAUAAGAUUUCGAGAUACAUUAGCAAUAAAUAUGUUUGCUAACUACCAAGCGCAUAAAGAAGCAAGACAGUUUCGAUUUAAGGUGAUUGUAAACUGGGAUGAUAUAGUGGACUUGUGUGCCAAAGAUAGAGCCACUGGACAUGGAGCUGAGACUGCUAUGGAUGCUGAUGAGGUCAUGAGCAGAGAGAUAAAUGAAGGGGAAUUAAGUUUAGAGGGUGCUAGUGAUACCAUAUAUUUAGAUGAACCUGGUUUUACUACACAAAGAAGGGGUCAAUCUUCAGCUUCUACUAGUACACAAUCUCAGAGGAGAAAGACAGGAGAAAAAGAUGGAAUAGCUAAUUCGUUGAAAGAAGUGGCUGAAUCUUUAAAGCGACUUGUUCAAGCAUUUGAUAUUACGAUUGAUGAAGAUGCUUUUAUUCAAGAAGUGUUAGCUGAAGCAGCUUUGAUACCAAACCUUAAUCAACACCAAUGGGCCAAAGCUGUUAAAUGGUUAUCUGACACUCCAAAACAGUUAGCUAUUGUGAAAGCUCUUCCAAUUGAGAAAAAGGCAGCUUAUGUUUUAACACAUAUUUCUUGAUGUUUGGAGCUUUUAUGCAUUCCAUGAAUAUUUGGAUUUUAUCAUCAGGUCAAUUACUUACUUGACUUGAUUUCUGACCAUUUUCUAAAUCCAAUCUGUAAACUAAUCUAAACCAUUAUUUCAUGUUUAAGUUUUGCACCACGUUCCAUGUGGCUCUUCAUUGUUUUUAGAUUAAACUCAUGCUUAACAUAUUAUUGUAGUUUAUCAUAUAUUAUAUACUUGUGUAAAUUU